UUUUCUUUCUGCGACACGUUUGCCUGAAAGUGCAAUAAAACAUGUAUGCUGGCGUCACACGCAUGCACGGUAUCCGGUCGCUGCGGAUCCGUCCCUCCAUGCGAAUCCAAAGUGGCGGCGUCUCGCACGGACGCAGACAUAUUGAAUUACAAAAUAAAGAACACCGUUCGAAGAAGCGAUGGGAUGUGCGAGAGAAAGAGAGAGAAAGGAAAACAGAAAGAGACAAAAUACAGUGUUAUCGAACAGUUGUAGCGUGUCAACCGUCGUCGCGGUUCGGCGAAGAUCGUCGUCGGCGUCGGUAAUCGAGUACAUUCCGCAAAGUAGUUGAUUUAAGAGUUGUAUCUUUUCACGUGGAACGUACAGCAUCGACGGAGAUAUAGCAAAGGGGUGGAUACCCUCGACGACGACGACGAUGACGCCACCACGAGUCGACAGAGCCACCGACAUUGAUGUCUCGCUCUACCUUUUUAUCAGGAUUAAUUUAUCGUAGAAAACAAGAUGCAAAACGCACUGAUGGGCAUUCUGCUUCAAUGUAAUAAGGCCAUCACAAGAUGUUCCAGGAAAAUCACUGGUCGCUACUAUUCGACCGGCGCCGCGAAACCUGAAUUAACUUCGAUCAGGUACAAAAUUCAACGCGGGCCCUAUGCUACAGUCACGGAUGCAGAUGUUCGCUUUUUCGAAUCGUUGCUUGGCUCCAGUCACCUCAUCACAGAUCCGGAUGAAUGCGAACAUUACAAUAUCGACUUUGCGAAAACUGUAAGGGGUGCAAGUAAGCUUGUGUUGAAACCGACAUCCACUGAGGAAGUGUGCGCAAUAUUAAAAUAUUGCAACGAGCAACGAUUAGCAGUUUGCCCGCAAAGCGGAAACACUGGUCUCGUUGGUGGCUCGAACCCAAUAUUUGAUGAAAUUGUUAUUUCUUUGAAGCUCAUGAAUAAAAUUUUGGACACGAAUGAAUUGACAGGUAUACUGACAUGCGAGGCUGGUUGCAUUUUACAAGAUUUGGACAAUCACUUGUCUACAGUUGACUUAAUGAUGCCCUUGGAUCUUGGGGCUAAAGGAAGCUGUCUAAUAGGUGGGUGUGUAUCUACAAAUGCAGGCGGAUUGCGACUUUUGCGUUAUGGCAAUCUACAUGGAAAUAUCUUGGGAAUUGAAGCAGUGAAGGCUAACGGCGAUAUUGUAGAUGCAUUGAAUACGUUAAAGAAGAAUAAUACUGGAUACCACUUGAAACAUAUCUUUAUAGGAUCUGAAGGAACAUUAGGUAUUAUAACCAAAGUGGCUAUUCAAUGUCCACCGUUGCCGAAGGCCAAAAAUGUCGCAUUUCUAGGAUUAGCGAGUUUCGAUAAGGUGUUAAAAACAUACUUUUUAGCGAAACAUCAUCUAGGUGAAAUUCUGUCUUCCUGUGAAAUGAUGGAUCGCCUAUCUAUAGACGUUUCCAUUAAUAAUCUUGGCAUGAAGAAUCCAUUAACGAGCCGCGAGGAUGGUCACGAGUUUUAUAUGAUAAUUGAAACUUCAGGUAGCCAUUUGGUCCAUGACGAAGAAAAGUUAUCCUCGUUCGUGGAAAAAGCUAUUAAUGGUGACCUCAUUGAAGAUGGCACAAUGACUAAUGAAUCAAAAAAGCUUAAUACCAUAUGGGCACUUCGAGAAAGAAUUAGCGAAGGCGUCUUACGAGAGGGAUACGUAUUUAAAUACGAUAUCUCUUUACCUCUUUUAUCUUUUUAUAAUGUCAUCGAGGUGCUUCGCAAGCAAAUACGGGAUCCUCGGAUUAUCAGGAUUAGUGGUUAUGGUCAUUUAGGCGAUGGAAAUCUCCAUGUACAAGUCUCCAUACCAGAGUAUUACGAAGAUGUAGCCGCGCAAUUGGAACCAUUUAUUUUCGAAUACGUGUCAAAAUGCCAGGGAAGCAUUAGUGCCGAACAUGGUAUUGGCUUCAAAAAAACUAAAUAUCUUCAUUUGAGUCGAAGUUCUUCCGAGAUUCAAAUGAUGUAUGAUUUGAAGAAAAUGAUGGAUCCAAAUGGCAUUCUGAACCCAUAUAAGUUGUUAGAGCCAAUUAUAGAGAAGUUAUGAUCGUAAAAAUAAUUUUUAAACACAAAUGGUGUAAAUAUUUUAUGUGCCAUUUGAACAAAGUCCAUAGAAGAUUAAAUAUAGUCGUAAUAGCAAUUAUCUAAAUAAAUGUUUAUAAAAAUGUUGAAGUAUCAUUGCGUGCUAUUAUAAUAGUAUUUGAUUUACAAAUUGGGUGCUGACUUCAUGUAUAAAAUUCUAUGCUUUUUUUGGUUAUUAUCCAUUUGCCAAUAAAAGUAGACAAAAUGUUUCGAUGACUAAAGUCUCAUUCGAAAUAGAUACAAUUAGUAAUAGCU